AUGAUAUAUGCAGAAGAACAAACAAAGCGUUCUUUUGAUAAUAUUUCCUAUGUACCGAAGCCAUUAAAUUUAUCAAGAUCGACUGUCAAGCAGUCUACAGUAUUACCACAGUCGAAAAUGACUACCAGGGAGGAAGAAGAAUACUUUGCUAAGAACAAUUAUGUAGCUCGAACCAUAUUGAAUGAACCGGAGCUGCCACCUUUAAGUUGGUCAAACUGGUUCAAACAAGUCGAUUGGAUAAAGACAAUAGUGUUGGGUACUGAACCUUUCAUCGCCCUUUAUGGUAUUUGUACUACAACUGUCAUGUGGCAAACUCUUUUAUUUACCUUCAUAUGGGGCUGGCUAACUGGUCUAGGCAUCACUGCUGGUUACCAUCGUCUUUUCUGUCAUCGCUCUUAUGAGGCCAAUCAACCGCUGCGUUACAUAUUACUUCUGUUGGCUGCUGGUGCUUUUCAAGGAUCAGCUCAUUGGUGGUCACGUGGUCAUAGAGCACAUCAUCGAUAUACGGACACUGAUCUUGACCCAUACGACGCUCGAAAAGGUCUUUUUCAUUCUCAUAUUGGAUGGUUGUUGAUGAAACCACGCCGAGAAACUGGUGUUGUAGACAUGUCUGACUUGGAACGUGACAAAGCUGUUCGAUGGCAGCGCAGACAUAUUUUCGCUUUGAAUUGGCUCAUGGGUAUCAUGUUGCCCUUAUUCGUUUGUGGAUUUGGAUGGGGCGAUUAUCGUGGUGGUUACUUUUAUGGCGGUGCACUUCGUCUAGUCAUCGUUCACCAUGCGACAUUUUGUGUUAAUUCAUUGGCACACUACUUAGGCGAUACACCUUUCGACGACAAACAUUCUCCUCGAGACCAUUUUAUUACAGCUUUUGUCACACUUGGCGAAGGUUAUCAUAAUUUUCAUCAUGAAUUUCCGUGUGAUUAUCGUAAUGCAGUCAGGUGGUAUCAGUUUGAUCCUACCAAGUGGGCAAUCUGGCUUUUUGAAAAAUUAGGUAUGGCUCACAGUCUUAAGAGAUUUCCCGAAAAUGAAAUUCUAAAGGGUCGCUAUGCUAUGCAACGAAAAGCUUUGGACAAAUUUGGCCAAGUUAUAGUUUGGCCUAAGGAAGAUGUUCAAUUACCGAUGGUUUCGUUUGAAGAAUAUCAGGAGUUAGCCAAAGAAGAUACUGAUCGUGAACUCGUUCUAAUUGCUGGUUACGUUCAUGAUGUCAGUAAAUUUAUUAGCUCUCAUCCGGGUGGACGUGCUUUACUUAAAGGUCAGGUGGGCACUGAUGCCACUGUAUCGUUUCAUGGUGGUGUACACGACCAUAGCAAUGCAGCACAUAAUACACUUGCCAUGAUGCGUGUCGCUAUUUGCAAGUAUGGUGGUGAGGUAGAAUGCUUGAAAAAGCGGCUAGGACAUUCUGCAGCAGCAACUCCUAUAUCUGGUUAA